AAUUUACAUAUAUCCUUAAUUUAAUUAGUAGAGUUGCUCAACGCGCUGCAAUCGCAUCAUAGUCCAAAAGCAACUCUGCUCAUAUAUAACGGAGCUUUUCCCACACCCAAAAACAAACUGUAAUUGUCGCCAUAGUUUUCUAUAAAGAAAAAGAGCGUCUUGUAAUUGUAACACGUUUGUUCGUUCGUCAAAAGUUAAAGAAAAAAAAGUUUAUAAAAUGGAAUUUACAACUCCAAAAAAGUUGCCUUACCAGUCUCCCUUUGGCUGUAAGCGCACACCUACAAAGAAUUUGUGUAUUAGCCCCAUAAAUGUUCGCUGCUCGACCCCUAUAAGCGACCUGCGCUCCCCAAAUAUGUCGCCCAUCAAGAAUGAUCGUAAGAUGAACAAUAUCACGUCAUUGACGUUCAAGAAGCCCAAUAACUUCAGGGAUAAAAAGAAACAGGAAAAAAAGCAAACACCAAUCGUUAAGAUCAACGAUUGUGAUGCUCAACUUGAGUUGAGUGACAUAAGCAUGGAUAUGACUGAUGCCAACGACAGCUUGGACAGUUCGCAGUGCAGAGAGUUGCGUCGCCGCUCGAUAGCGCAAACCAAUCACAGCUAUUUGAUUAAUCAUGCUAGCACUGUCGAGGAAGUGCUGCUGCGUUUGGGUCUGGAGCGCUACCGUGAUGUGUUUAAAAGGGCGCAAGUUGAUUUCGUUGACAUUGUGUGCAUGGAUUCGGAGGAUCUGCUGCGUUUGGGCUUGUGCAAGAUGGAUUGCAAGCGUAUCAUGGAUGCCUUUAAUGACAUUUAAAUUUUUUCUUGUAACCUAAGGCGCGCAGC